AUGAGGUGUAACGCAUGCUGGAGGGAGCUGGAAGGAAGAGCUAUUUCUACCACAUGUGGCCAUCUCUUGUGUCACGAAGAUGCCAGUAAGAUACUAAGCAACGAUGCAGCUUGCCCUAUUUGUGAUCAAGUACUUUCCAAAAGUCUUAUGAAACCUGUGGAUAUCAACCCAAAUGAAGAAUGGGUAAAUUAUUCAUAUAUCUUAACUUCCUUCACAUGCAUCUCUGCAGAUGGCUAUGGCUGGCAUAUCUCCACAAAUAUGUAUCCUAUUUACUUGAAUAUGGAACUCGAAAUGCAAUUCAAAAUGAACAGGAUAGUAGCUCAGUGCAAACAAAAAUGCGAGACAAUGCAAGAAAAAUUCACAGAAAAAAUGGAACAGUUGCACACUGCAUAUCAGAAAAUGGGCAAAAGGUGUCAAAUGAUGGAACAAGAAAUUCAAAACUUAUCCAAAGAUAAACAAGAACUCCAAGAAAAAUUUUCUGAGAAAUCCAGGCAAAAGCGAAAACUGGAUGAGAUGUAUGACCAAUUGAGAAGUGAGUAUGAGUCGGUCAAACGGUCAGCCAUUCAACCUGCAAACAACUUCUUCUCAAGGGGUAGUGGUGAUUCUGAUCUGUUUGCUAGUCCUGCUAACAUGAUGGAUAACAGAGAUCCCAUGAGGAAAGAUUGGUCGGUUUACACCCCUGACACUCCAGGACCUCGGGAAGAUAUAUGGCCAGCAACCACAAGACAAAACAGUUCUAACUCUGGUGGGCCCUUCGACAUCCCUAAUAGCCCACCUGUAAAACAUUCAGUCAAUCCAGUUGAAAACAAAAGAACUAUUGGUCGCCAGAUGUUUGGCGGCGGCGGCGGUGGUGGUGGUGGAGCGGGAAAUCCUUCGAUGACAUUGAGAAAUCUGAUAUUGUCACCAAUGAAAAGGCCUCAACUCUCUCGUACCCGACCUCAAUUGUUCACGUUGUAG